CACAAGAACUCUGUUCCAUCUCUGUGGACCAAUAGAACUCUCUCCAGCGUCUGCUUGGCUGUGUACCAUCCUGACUUUUUAUACUGCUCUGUUUCGCGGUUUUUUGUGAGCACUGGCUCUAGAGUCCUGGCUUUCAGCAUCCUUCCAAAGCAUCUGAAGCUAUGGGUUACCGACUGAUGCAGGACACACCAUCCCUCAGGUCUCCACCUCUCAGGCUCAUUCAUCUCUUUGUGCUGCUGGUUGCUCUCUUUCAAAUGUCUUCAGGUAUUGACCAAGUGUUCAAGUCAGUGAAUGAAAAGGUAUCAUUGUCCUGUGGUUACAACUUUUCCUUUGAUGAGCUGGCCAUACACCGAAUCUACUGGCAAAAAGAUGACAGAAAGAUGGUGCUGAGCAUCAGCUCUGGGGAUAAGAAGGUGUGGCCAGAGUAUAAGAACCGGACUUUAUGUGACAUCAGUAACAACUUCUCGCUCAUGAUCCUGGGCCUGCUCCCCUCAGACAGGGGCAUUUACGAAUGUGUCGUUCAAAAGAAAGAGAGAGGGGUUUAUCUCCUGAGACACUUGAAUUCUGUGGAGCUGUCCAUCAGAGCUGACUUCCCUGUCCCUAAUAUAACUCAGUUUGGAAAUCAAUCUGCCGACAUGAGAACGAUCAUCUGCGAAACCUCUGGAGGUUUCCCAGAGCCUCGCCUCUCUUGGUUGGAAAGCGGAAGAGAAUUAAGGGGCAUCGGUACAACCGUUUCCCAGGACCCCGAAUCCGAACUGUAUGCUGUCAGUAGCAAGCUGGAUUUCAACGCGACCUACAACCGAAGCAUUGUGUGCUCCGUCGCCUACAGCAAAUUUGAAGUGUCAAAGAACUUCACCUGGAAAAAACCCCCAGAAGCACCUCCUGAUAGAAAUAACCCAACUUGGAUUACUACAACUGUGGCAGUUUCAAUAUUACCAGCAAUAGCAAUAUUAUCAGCAAUAGCAAUACUACUAAUAAUCUUUGCAGUGUACUACUGUCGCAGAAGAAGAAAUGUGGUAAGCAGAAGAGAAAACAACAGCAUUUACAUCAGGCCUGCAGAAGCCUCAGCAGAAGAACAGACUGUCUGAAGGUCUCUCCUACAUUUGCAGCUGACAUCAUCUGUAACCGUCUUCAGAAAUCAUGACUGCCCAAUCAUGGCCUGCAAACAUCUAUUCUUUAGGUGAAGCCUCUUCAGUGGUUUUGCAGAAGUAUGGAGGAAUACAACAUGUACCAUAGUAGUUCUGUUACUUGAGAAAGUAGUUUAGAGACCGAAUUCUUUGUGGGAAGAAAUGUUAGGGAACACUGACAUGUCUGCCCCCCACAAUACCUCUUCCCCACACUCACUUGUCGUUUUAAGAUAGGGUCUUACCCUGUUGCUCAAGGUGACCGAGAAGUCACUUUGUGGCCCAGGCAGGUUUCAAAUGUGCAGCAAUCCCCUGCACCAGUUUCCUGAGUGCCACAAUUACAGGUGUGAGCUACCACACUUAGCAGAACACUAGCCGAAGCUCCAGAACACUGAGGCUCCAGGACAAAACCUGAAUUGUGAAAGCGAGUAAGAAUCCAGAUUUCCUGGCUCUACUGCUCUUCACAGACCCUAAGCUUGAAGACAGGUUUUUUUGUUUGUUUGUUUGUUUUAAUUUAAAAUGCUUUUAAGCAAAAGGCUUAGUUAGUGUGGGAUUCAGAAUAUUGCUUACUAGUAAGACUUGACUACCAUCUCUGAAGCCUUGGGUAGUUUUUAUUUGUUUUUUGUUUUUAAGGCCUAUUGGCCUGGUAUAAUUUAUAGGAAAUAUGUCGUUUUCAGCCAGCAUUUUUCAUGUAUUUUUCUUUUCAUCCUUUCAUUUUCUCAAGUUCAAGAGAAAAUACAAUUAUCCAAAAUUAAAUUUUUCUAUACCUAAGAUGAAUGUAUGCCUUUCACACUUCAAAGGAAAAGUCAAGUUGGAGGCAAAGUUCAUAAUUUACCAGUUCACAUUGGACUUGCAAUCUCUUUAGGCAAGUUUGCCCUUUUACCUACUUGAGACAGUUCUCAUUUAAAAUGAGAUUAUUUACUAAGUAGUGAUCUAUCCUCAAAUAAUGAUUGAGGUGAUAACAGCCUUCCACACAGCUUCCUUAGGUUCCCUGAAGUGGCUUUUGUGCUUGGUAUAGAUCAGCUACAGUGCAGAACUGAAGAGCAGUUUGUUCAUCAGACACAGUAGCAUAUGCCUGUAAUCCCAGCACUCAGAGGGCUAUGGCAGGACUGAAUUCCAAGUAGCAUGGCUGCACAGUAAGACCCCGUCUGAGACCCACUUACUUCUCCCCCUGACCCCCAAAAGGAGGUAACAUAAGAAGUAACCGACUGCUGCUUGUAUGUUGAAGGUCCCUUUUUCUCUGAAAUUGUCACCUGCAACUUACUAGGUCAGUAGUGGACAAAGUCAAGACAGAUAUUCUUGUCUAAAAAAUUGGAGUUGGACACAAAAAGACAGCCAAGUUUCUCAGUGGGGCUGGAUGUUUAGUUUUAGGGACUCUAAUGAGGUCAGAUUUUGUUGUACUGUCUGAGAAACAGGUCCAUUUUUAUAUGGGUGCUCUCAAAACCAAGUCACUAAAGGAAAUAAAAACAGUGCACUGACAAGACACUGAAAACAAAACCAAUGAAAAGUGGGAGGGAGCUGUUGCAUUUAAGUCUCAAUUAUCAUUGGGGUGACCAAAGACCCCCCCAAAAAAGGGGGAAACUUUAAAAAGUACAUUAUAUUAAAUUAUUGAGUACAUUUGAUUUUAGUUGUUUUUAGAGUUAUACUGAU